UACUUCCAUCGGUUCCGGGAAACCAAAGCAGGGAAAGAGCUGCCAGCGAACAUAGAAAAUAACAAAUGGAGACUAAAACCUUAGCAGGACAGAGAGAGAAAGAGAUGCAGCAGCAGCAGAAUGGUGUUGGGUUCUGCUCCUCAUUUCCCUAGAAAGAUUGGAGGAGGCAAAGAGUGUCUUGUCAAUCUCAGUUGUACAUCGAUUUGAGCAUCUUUGUGUCUCAAUGGCUGGGGUGCAACUCCAACAGAUUGGAGAGCUUGUGUUUUGUCCGCUUCAAGGAGCAAAAAAUCUGGUGUGUUAGAUACGACCCCAAUGCCAAAGCAUAUGACAGUCUCGAUCCAACCUCGUGGAUCUACAAACCAUGCACCACAUCAAUUUUGGAUAGAGAGAAGAAGACAAUGGUUCCUAGCAAUUGGACUGUUAAUCCCAAAUGAGCUGCCUGCUUUGGCAUUUUUGGUGCAUGCCCAAUUGGACUGUUAUUAUCUUUUUGAUUAGAAAAGAAUCAGUCAACCAAUUUUAUUUGAAUUUUAUGCUUAGUAGGCGAAGAGCAAGAACCUUAACACCCAUCAGCAAUGGAGAAGACGGCCAGCUAAACCUCGAGAGGAGGACGAACUACAAACACAUGGGCUUUCCGUGUUCUUCCUGUAACAUUAUGCUCGGGUGCCACCUGAGAGAAGGAAGCAAAUGGUGCAUUCGUGUGGCCGAAUUCCACAGACAGAUGCUGGAAAUAUACCUAACAAUUCGAGCACAGGACCGGUUCUUAAGGAUGAAUCAUUCAUAGUAUAUAGACGAAGAAGAAGAAGAAGUCAUACUGAAUGUAUUUGGCUUUCCUGUGAGCAACCUUUUACUACUAAAACGCCUUGCGAAUAAUAACACAAGGGGUAAAGCGUCACGGAACGUGUUCGGCGCGGCACCCUCGACACAUGCCUUUUCCCUCGUCGCGAUCACCACUUCUCCGUCGCCGUUACCACAACUCCCCAUCUCCGCGAGUUUUAUGAUCUCGCUCAAUGUGCAAGUCCAGAGCCGCCACCAUGGCCUCCCAACCUAGAUCCAGGUCCCAUUCCAAGUUCUCCGCCGCCACCGCCGCUUCCUCCGGCGAGGUCAGCGCGGGAACCGGUAGCCGUCCAGGCCGCCUGCCCCCUACAUCCAACCACUCCGAUUCGUCGUCCGGACCUAAACCCUCCUCCUCUGCCUCUUCCUUCGCUGCCUCCUCCUCCUCGUCCGCCCUCAGCCUCGCCUCCCUUCGCGGCGCCCUCCCGGAGGCCCCCGCUGUCUACCACUUCCCGGAGCUCUGCGCCGCCACCAACAACUUCCUCGCCAAGCGCCUCCCCGGCGCCUCCUCCUCCGCCUGGCGCUGCGUUCUCCGUGGUCGGGACGUCGUCGUUAUCCAGCGCCCCCUCCGCCGCCACCCCCGCGAGCUCCCCGCCCGCCUCGCCGCCCUUGGCAGGUCCCACCACAGCAGCCUCGUCCGCCUCCUCGGCGCCUCCCCCUCCGGUGACCACGUUUACCUGGUCUACGAGUUCGUCCCCGGCGCCAGCCUCGCCGAGUGUCUCCGCAACCCGCGGAACCCCGGGUUCACCCCGCUCUCCUCUUGGGCCUCCCGCGUGCAGGUCGCCACCGACGUCGCCCAGGCCCUGGAAUACAUCCAUCGCCACUCCUCCACCGCCACCGGCGUCCACAACCGGCUCAAGAGCUCAGCCGUCAUCAUCACCGAGCCGGACCUCCGCGCCAAAAUCUGCCACUUCGGCGCCGUGGAUCUCGAGGGGGAGGUCCCCGAUACCGUGGCCGAUGAGGCAGAGGCGAUCUCGAUCUCCUCGCCGUCAACGAGGAAGGGAUCCAGCGAGAAGCAGAAACAGAUAGAGGGAGCGCGGGGUUACAUGGCCCCGGAGCUUCUGGCCGAGGGGGUCGUCUCGCGGCGGUCGGACGUGUUCGCUUUCGGGGUGGUGCUCCUCGAGCUCUUCUCAGGCGAGGAGCCGCUCAAGUACCGAUACGACAAGGACCGGAAAUCCUUCGAAGUGGCCUCCCUCAUCGAAACGGCGCGGGAGGCGGUGGCGGGGGAGGGGGAGGAGCGGCUGGGGAGGGUGAGACGGUGGGUGGACGGCAGGCUGCGGGACUCGUUCCCGGUGGGGGCUGCGGAGAAGCUGAUCCGGGUGGCGCUGCGGUGCGUGGAGGCCGAUGCGGCGGCGCGGCCGGACAUGACGUGGGCUGCCGGCAAGGUCUCCAAGAUUUACCUUGAAUCCAAGGUAUGGGCGGAGAAGGUCAGCGUUCCGACCGGCUUUUCCGUAUCCACGGCUCCGCGGUAAACCUCCGCACCCGCCGCGGCGCGAGCGAUGUGACGGAACUGCCCCUCGAAGAAUAACUUCACACCACUGUAUCCUUUUUGUCUUUUGUGCAUAUGGAGACAACUGAUUUGGCUUUUUCUACCGCAAACAAACAAUAACACAUCAAUUAGAAUCGA